UAUUUUUUAUUUACAAUAUUGAUGUGGUUACUUUUUAACAAAAUUUAAUACAAAAAUGUCUUACAGCGCCGAGGAAAAACUACGAGAAGCCUCGGCUCUUGGUGAUAUCGAAGGUAUUCAAAACUUAUUGGCUCAAAACGUUGAUGUUAACGCAAAGAACUCAAUAAACGGUUGGACUGCUUUACAUUGGGCCACCAAACGCAACCAUGAAACUGUAGUAAGAAUCUUAUUAAGUAAUGGAGCUGAUAGUAAAUUAGAAAACCAAAAAGGUGAACGACCAUCGAAUUUAUCCAAAAACCCCUCGAUUUUAAACCUUUUAGAACCUCCAACUGCAUCAGACUCGAAUGAUUCUGGUGAAGAUAACUUAAAAUUCACCCCUAAUUACAUUAAAAAUGCCCCAUUAAAUGGUCAAGUUGAUUUGGGGACUAAAUUAAGGCAAAGACACCCUGAUUUCUCAACAAUGCCAACUACUGCUUUACCUGCAGCUCAAUCUGAUGAUGAUUUAGUUCUAAAAAUACGCGUUUUUGGUUCAAGUGACCCUGAUUUUAUUGAGAUUGAAGUGCCACGGUGGAAAUUAACCUACAAUGGGUUACAAAAGAUUUGUUGUGAGGAAUUGGAGAUUUGUGAAAGUCAAGUUGAACGAAUUCGUAAGUUACCCAAUGUGAGGUUGAGAAAGGACGCUGAUGUGAAGAGGUUGAUGGAUUUUCAGUGCUUAGAAAUUGUUUUAAAGCCACCCUUAAAUGAGAAGUUGAGUAAUAGUUAUCAGAGUAUCUCCACGCAUAAGGAUCAAACUAUUCUUUAUUGAAUGGGGGAAAAGAAAUGAUAAAAAAGAUUCCCACCACCUAUUUUUUUAGAUUUUCAUCAAUUAUUAGUGAUUUAAUUUGUUAAUGCACG